AUGGCAGUAGUUAGUUUAGAUAGAGAUAAUGUGACGUCGAUCACUCCACUUGAAGGAGGCUGUUUUAUACCGUUUGAUCCGGCUGCCAGGAACAUUCCAUUUGGAGGCAAGAUGAAGGUGACCCUGGCGGUCUUUUGGAUCGAUGUCGCCUUAUUUGUCAUGAUAGUGAUUCUGAACAAGGGUUUUGAAACCAUGAGUAUCAAUGUUAUGUUGGGACCAACUGCGCAUACUUUGAUACGAGGGGGCGCUAUGACGCGGUAUUUGGUAACCAAGGAAAAGGAGGCAUGGCGUUUACUUUGGAGUAUCUUUUUACACGCAGGAGUCUUUCAUAUUGUCGUAAACUUGACCGCGAUUUUAGCGCUCGGCAGACUGAUUGAACCCGACUGGGGAACCAGAAGAUUUCUGUUUGUCUUCCUGAUCUCCGGAUUGACCGGAAACAUGACAUCGUGCGCUCUGGAUGACAACGUAGUCAGCGUGGGCUCGAGCGGGGCAAUUUAUGGUGUUCUCGGGGCCCUGCUAGUUUACAUAUUCGAAUUCUGGGAUUCCAUACCGCUGGCGCAGACGAUAUUUACUGCCACCGCGUCCUGCUGUAUAUUCGCUGUAAUUACAUCGUUCAUACCGCAUAUUGACAUAUACGCCCACAUUGGCGGAUUUUUUAGUGGCUUGCUAGCUGCUUUAGCAACCUGCACAAGAAUUGGCUGGCGCGUCCACAAUGCAGAUGGUACCACGGACGUUCGAGAUCCGUUUGGCUACCCGGCGUCGAGAACAAGUUUCAGGCAUACAUAUGAUUUGGACGAGGUCCAUCAAAAACCUACGAAGGGCACCUGGACCUUGAGAGCACUUUGUUUGUUGAUCCUAGUAAGAAUGAAGUCAGGCUACAGUGUUAAGCCUUAUAUAAACCAAGACCGUGCCUUUAUUCUGGAGAUUGGCCCAAGAUUCACGGCAUUCGGCGUCUUCGAUGGGCAUGGGUCUAAUGGGCACGAUGUCGCCGACUUUGUCUCAACAGCUUUCAAGAAGGGAAUUCAGGAAACAUUCCAGUAUCAGAAGAAACUUACAGGGAGUAAUAUUCUUCAGUUCAUACACGGUUUGUUUGCGCACGCCGACUACGAGCUGGGUAGGUCGGGCAUUGACAUCAUGCACAGUGGCUGCACAGGAUCGUUGGCUAUCAGGUACAAUGAGAUGAUCUACGUCGGUUACGUGGGAGACAGCAAGGUUGCCGCGGUGCACUUCCACGGAAAGAAACCCUGUAAUCUCCCACCAAAGUUCCUAUCUUCUCCUCCCCUCCCUCUCCUUAUCUUCUCCCCUCCCUAUCUUCUCACUGCUUUCUCCUCACUACCUUGGUUCUAA